AUGCCCACACUCAAUGUCUCUGUCCCCCUACUCAUGCCCCUCUGGGCCAAUACCUCUGGAGACAAUGUGCUGAAUGCUGAUGCUGCUGCAGUGCCUGUUAAUUCUCUAGCCCUGAGGGUCGUGGUUGCUCUGGCCUACGGACUCGUGGGGUUCAUCGGCUUGCUGGGAAAUUUGGCUGUACUAUGGGUGCUAGGUGGCUGUGCUCAGGACACCCCUCAUCUACCUUCUGACACCUUCAUCUUCAACCUGGCUCUAGCAGACCUGGGACUGGCAUUCACUCUCCCCUUCUGGGCAGCUGAGUCGGCACUGGACUUCCACUGGCCCUUUGGAGGUACCCUCUGCAAGAUGGUCCUGACAGCCACUGUCCUCAAUGUCUAUGCCAGCAUAUUCCUCAUCACAGCACUGAGUGUGGCCCGCUACUGGGUGGUAGCCAUGGCUACAGGUCCAGGUACCCAUCUCUCCCUCUUCUGGGCUCGCAUGGCCACCCUGGCAGCAUGGGUAGCGGCUGCCCUGGCAACGGUACCCACAACUGUUUUUGGAGCCGAAGGUGAAGUUUGGGGUGUGCGCUUGUGUCUGAUCCGCUUCCCUAGCAGGUACUGGCUGGGGGUCUACCAUCUGCAGAGAGUGGUGUUGGCCUUCCUGGUGCCUUUGGGCAUCAUCACCACCAGUUACUUCCUGCUACUGGCUUUUCUGCGGCAACAACAGUGGCGACGGAGGGACAGCAGGGUUGUGGCUCGUUCUAUCCACAUUCUGGUGGCCUCCUUCUUCCUCUGCUGGUUUCCCAACCAUGUAGUCACUCUCUGGGGUGUCCUGGUGAAGUUUGACCUGGUACCUGGUGACAGCACUUUCUACAUACUCCACACCUAUGUCUUCCCUGUCACCACCUGUCUGGCACACAGCAACAGCUGUCUCAACCCCAUAUUGUAUUGUCUUCUAAGGCAGGAACCUCGUCGGGCCCUGGUGGACAUCUUCAGGAAUCUGCGAGUGAAGCUAUGGCCCCAGGGCCAGAACAGGGUGGAACAAGUAGCCCUAAAGGAGGUAGGCAGACUAUGGGCAGCAGGCACGCCCCAGGAGAGUGAGUCUUUUACUAUGGCCACCAACCUAGACAAAAGGACACCUGAGUAUAGGGUUCCAAGCUGA